AUGCUCAAAUCAACUCACAAGCCAGCGCAAUUGGCGCCCCUGCCGCCGGGCUGGACCGAACACAAGGCCCCGACUGGCCACUCGUACUACUACAAUGCCGAAACCAAAGAAUCCACGUAUAAACGACCCGGCCAGCCGCCUCAGCCUGCACCAGAGCCAUCCUACUCUCCAUACGCUGCCGUACCCAAUCUAUCCGAUCCCAAUGUCGCAAAUGCAUACAUGGCGCAGUUCAACCAACCGCCACCCCAGGCACAAAGGGGCGGCUUUGGCGGCCGAGGUGGUUUCGAGAACCGGCCGCGGCCUCAGCCCGUGGACAAGCCGAGGAGAAAAGAAGCUAUUCCGGGCUGCGAGCCGUGGAUUCUGGUGUAUACAAAAUACUCGCGGCGCUUCGUCUACAACCCGGUCAAGAAUGCGAGCUACUGGCGCAUACCCGAGAAGCUCAUGCCCGCCAUCUUGGAAAUGGACAAGAAGCGAAUACAGAACAAGUCUGCAGACGAGGAGAAGGGAGGCGAACCAGAGGAUGGCGAACCCAAGGGAGAGGAGAGCAAGGCUGUUGAGGAGACACCUGCUCAGGGCCCAGACUUUGAUAGCGAUGAAUACGAAGAGGUUGAGGUCGAGGUCACCGAUGACGAGGGCCAGGGCGAAGACGGCGACGAGGACGAGAGUGAGCACCCAUCGAAGCGACAGCGUACCGAGAUUAUGGACGAACAAGACCAGGGCCCCCUCGAGUUUACAGAAGCGGAUAUUGCGGCUCAACUGCAAGCCAUGGGCGAAGAUUAUGGCCUUGAACCGGGAGACUACGACGACGGCAACAUGGAGGACUGGCCCGAAGGCGCAGAGGGUGUGGAAUUCUCAGAAGAGGACGCCAAAUUCUUGUUUCAGGAUAUGCUGAUCGACCUCAACGUCAAUCCUUACAGCUCGUGGGAGAAGCUGCUAGAGGACGGCAAAAUGGUCGAGGACCCGCGCUACACGGCGCUCAGCACAACAAAGGCGCGGAAAGAAUGCUGGGACGAAUGGACGCGGGCAAGGAUUGCUGAGCUCAAGGAACAGAGGGCCAAGCAGGAGAAGAAGGACCCCAAGAUUGCAUUUAUGGCGUUUUUGCAGGAAAAAGCUUCGCCGAAGCUGUACUGGCCCGAGUUUAAGAGAAAGUACAAAAAGGAGGAUCCCAUGAAGGACAUGAAGCUGUCGGACAAGGAUCGUGAGAAGGCGUACAGAGAACACAUUAAUCGGCUAAAGAUGCCUCAGGCUACGCUCAAGUCGGAUCUUACUGCUUUGCUUAGAGCGCAGCCGGUGCAUCUACUUAACAACAAGUCGCUUGCAAACGGACUGCCUGCGCAAGUUCUGACGGAUCUACGGUAUAUAUCCCUCGAGCCCAAGAUUCGCGAUCCUUUGGUCGAGGCGUAUGUACAGACUCUGCCACCGCCUCCUCAGGACCCUAGCUCUGCGGCGGAGGACGAGGAGCAGAAGAAAGCGCGUGAGGCGAAGGAGAGGCGUGAGAAGGCGUUGGAGGAGCGGAAUCGGAUGGUGGAGGAGCAGAGGAGGAGAAGGGAGAGGGACGUGGCGGCGAGCAAGGCGCGGUUGAGAGAGGAAGAGAGGGAACUGGAGUUUGCUAUGAGGGUUGGCAAACGAGGGUUACAGAGCCAGUUGGCGAGCAUGAGCGUGAAGCAGCAAGAGGGAGGCGAGGGGGAGCCAUCAUAG